UUGACCAUUCGUGUUAAACAGAGCAAAAUGUUCAGUAAAAUCGUGACACUUUGUACCGUAGUAGCGGUGGCUAACGCCGGCUACUACCAUGCUCCAGCUGUAUCCUCUCAGAGUAUAAUCCGCCACGAUGAGGGUCUGACUCUAGGUCACCUGGCUGCCCCCUCACACUACGCAGUUCCACUGGCGUACGCUGCUCCCCUGGCCCAAUACGCCGCUCCUUUGACACACUACGACGCACCAGCUGCCUAUGAGGGAUACAAUGGUCACGAUGAAUACGCCCACCCCAAGUACGAUUUCGCAUACUCCGUGUCAGAUCCUCACACCGGAGACCACAAGUCCCAGCACGAGAGCCGCGACGGUGACGUGGUGCACGGCAGCUACUCCCUGGUGCAGCCUGAUGGAGUAGUCCGCAACGUUGAAUACACCGCUGAUGAUCACAAUGGAUUCAACGCAGUCGUCCAUAACUCAGGACCUGCUCUUCACCCCCAGGCAGCCUAUAACCACCACUAUUGAAGACCUUUUGACCUAACUCAAUAACUGUUUUUUAUUUAUUUAUUUAUUACAAUGAUUUCUGAACAUUCA